AUGGACAGUUCCCCUGACGAUCGGGCCGAGUUUGCUGUCCUCCAACUCGGGUUUAUGAACUUCGUCGUAGCUCCCUUGUGGAACGCCAUGGCUGACAUGUGGCCUGCCUUGGAGCCUCGGAGGAAGCAACUUGCUGAAAACGUCGAGUACUUCAAGAAGUUGCGGGAAUCUGCCAAGAUGGAAGAGGAUUGCCCUGCUGAAUGA